AUGCCCGCCAAGAUGCACAGCAACUAUCCCUCUGAUUCCGAGACUGUGGAUCUCAGGGAUUCGACAGAGUCUGGCUAUGUCAGUGGUAGCUCAAGUGAUGAUUAUCUGCCCGAGAUUGUCUUCACCAAGCCACAUCUUCAGUUCCUUAACCGUCAGCUACAAUUCCUCGAACCUCAGGAUGUCCUGAGAUGGUGUGUCACCUCGCUUCCUAAUCUCUAUCAGACCACCGCUUUUGGCUUGACGGGUUUGGUGAUCAUGGAUAUGCUCUCUAAGCUCUCCAUCCCUCGCCCUCAAAUGGUCAACCUCGUCUUCCUGGACACCCUGCACCAUUUCCCAGAAACCCUCGCCCUGGUCGACAAGGUUCGCAAGAGGUACCCUAUGCAGCAUAUCCAUGUCUACAAGCCCAAGGGUGUUGAGACAGAGGAAGAAUUUGCUAAGAAGCACGGUCCCCGUCUCUGGGAAACGAAUGAUCAGCUCUACGACUGGAUUGCCAAGGUUGAGCCCGCUCAACGUGCUUACCGUGAUCUCAACGUUCACGCUGUUCUAACCGGCCGCCGACGCAGCCAGGGUGGCAAGCGUGGAGACCUGGAUAUCAUCGAGGUUGACGAGGCUGGCCUUAUCAAGAUCAACCCCCUCGCCAACUGGAACUUCGAUCAAGUCAAGCAGUAUGUCAAGGAAAACGACCUGCCCUACAACGAACUGCUCGACCGUGGCUACAAGAGUGUUGGUGACUACCACUCCACUCAACCCGUCAAGGAGAAUGAGGAUGAGCGUUCUGGUCGCUGGAAGGGCCAGGCAAAGACCGAGUGUGGCAUCCACAACCCGAGAUCAAAGUAUGCUCAGUACUUGAUGGACAUGGAACGCAAGCGACAGGAAGAAGCUUUGUCUCAGGCAUUGCAGAACCAGCUCACUACUGCCCCAUGA